AGCCGGUUUCCCUGAGAGAUAAAUUGUGUGCCGUACAAUUGGCGGAGUCGGGUACGAAACUGUCCUUUUGCGUUUCCUGUAAAGGACAGAUAACAGGCAGGCUAAAACUACCCGAAGCACACCGCUGAAACAUAUUAACAGAACCAGGGGACAUUUCCAGGGAGUUAAUAUGUCGGCAAAUAAGGACAGUGACGGCGGGUGGAAAACAUUUCUGUGGAAUUCAGAGAAGAAGGAGUUUCUAGGACGAACAGGGGGCAGUUGGUUUAAAAUCUUCUUGUUCUACGUGAUUUUCUAUGGAUGCUUGGCUGGAAUUUUCAUUGGGACCAUUCAGGCAAUGAUGCUCACAUUAAGCAACUACAAACCAACCUAUCAGGACAGAGUUGCUCCCCCAGGUCUAUCACACACACCACGAUCAGACAAAUCAGAAAUAGUUUUCAGUAUGAAUGAUGACUCUACAUAUGCCAAAUACCUUGAGUCCAUGAAGAAAUUGCUUGCGCUGUAUGAGACCAGCCUCCAGACCGAUGACAGGAAUUUUGAAGACUGUGGAGGUACUCCUCAGACAUAUGUGGAACGUGGACCACUGGAGAGUAAUCAAGGAAAGAGGAAAGCUUGUCGCUUCGACAGGACCUGGCUGGGGGACUGUUCAGGGCUAGAUGAUCCCAAUUUUGGCUUCAAGGACGGAAAACCUUGCCUUCUUGUCAAGCUCAACAGGAUUGUCAACUUCAGACCAAAGGCUCCCUCUGGCAAUUCUUCUCUCCCAGAUGCUCUGCAGGGCAAAGUUCAACCCAACCUGAUUCCCAUUUUCUGCAAAAAUAAGAGGGAGGAGGAUGCAGGCAAGAUCGGAGAGAUCAAGUACUUUGGCUUCAACGGCGGCUUUCCUCUUCAGUACUACCCAUACUACGGCAAGCUGCUGCACCCCCAGUACCUGCAGCCCUUGGUGGCCAUUCAGUUUACCAACCUCACGAUGGCUCAGGAGCUGCGCAUCGAGUGCAAAGCAUUCGGAGCAAACAUUAACUACAGCGAGAAAGACCGUUACCAAGGACGUUUUGAUGUUAAGAUCACAGUCAACUCAUGACCUCAGCCAUGAUAAGCACUCUCAUUUUAAAAACAAAAUAAAUGUAGAGAAAUAAAAAAAGAGUUCAGAUAAAACACCACUAGUCUUUGAACAUUCACGAUAUACAGGACCUACACUUAAUCUGUGUGCUUUACACUAGCUUUUCUGUGUUUGUCGAGGGUUAGAAUGUAAAAUACAAGAGUAGCAAUAGCAAAUAUUUAUUCUACUGUACAUGAAAAUAUUCCUUGAGCCAUGGGAUGUUGUUCAUCUAUUACUGUAAACCUGCAAUUCCACUACUGACGUGUAGCGAGCUGUGUUUCUGUCCCCCAAGUAUUUCAUCCUAAUGUGGUUUCUAUAUAUUUUUGGAGUGUCCAGUGCUGUAGUCUAGCCAUGUUGUAAUCUCUUUUGUCUUAUGUCAGCUUUAGUGGUCCAAGGUGUGUGCGUGUGCACUUGUGUCUGUGUGCAGGCGUGUUACUUUAUGUGAGUGUGUGGAGUGUGCGUUAAUGUGCUCCAACUAACUGAAAUACUAGCAUGGUACUCUGAACCUUUAAGGCCCAUGUAUGAGUAAAUAACUGCGCUCCAUGGAC